AUGCCUGCCAAGGCAGACUUUUUCCCCUCUCCCAAAAUAGCAGAACACAUAGAAUACAGCCAAUUAGAUGGACCUAACAACAACAGCACCGACAACAGUACCAACAACAGCACCGACAACAGCACCAACACCAGCACCAACACCGGCACCAACAACAGUAACAACAACAGCACCGACAACAGUACCAACAACAGCACCGACAACAGCACCAACACCAGCACCGACAACAGUAACAACAACAGCACCGACAACAGUACCAACAACAGCACCGACAACAGCACCAACACCAGCACCGACAACAGUACCAACACCAGCACCAACAACAGUACCAACACCAGCACCGACAACAGUACCAACACCAGCACCAACAACAGUAACAACAACAGCACCGACAACAGCACCAACACCAGCACCGUCAACAGUACCAACACCAGCACCAACAACAGUACCAACACCAGCACCGACAACAGUACCAACACCAGCACCGACAACAGUACCAACACCAGCACCAACAACAGUAACAACAACAGCACUAACAACAGCACCAACACCAGCACCAACAACAGUACCAACAACAGCACCGACAACAGCACCAACACCAGCACCAACAACAGUAACAACAACAGCACCGACAACAGUACCAACACCAGCACCAACAACAGUAACAACAACAGCACCGACAACAGUACCAACAACAGCACCGACAACAGCACCAACACCAGCACCGACAACAGUACCAACACCAGCACCAACAACAGUACCAACACCAGCACCGACAACAGUACCAACACCAGCACCAACAACAGUACCAACAACAGCACUAACAACAGCACCAACACCAGCACCGACAACAGUACCAACAACAGCACUAACAACAGCAGCAACACCAGCACCGACAACAGUACCAACACCAGCACCGACAACAGUACCAACACCAGCACUAACACCAGCACCGACAACAGCACCAACACCAGCACCGACAACAGUACCAACACCAGCACCGACAACAGUACCAACACCAGCACUAACACCAGCACCGACAACAGUACCAACACCAGCACCAACACCAUUACCAACACCAGCACCGACAACAGUACCAACACCAUUACCAACAGCAGCACCGACAACAGUACCAACACAAGCACUAACACCAGCACCGACAACAGUACCAACACCAGCACCAACACCAUUACCAACACCAGCGCCAACACCAGCACCGACAACAGUACCAACACCAGCACCAACAUCAGAACCAAUAACAGCACCAAUAACAGCACCAACACCAACAACAGCACCAACACCAGUAACAACACCAGCAACAACAACAGCACCAACAACAGCACCAAUAACAGCACCACCACCAGCACCAACACCAGUAGUAACACCAGCACCAAAACAGCACCAACACCAAACAGUAACAACAACAACAACACCAACAACACCAACAACAACAGCACCAACAACAGUAACAACAACAACAACACCAACAACAGCACCAACAACAACACCAACAACAUUACCAACAACAGCACCAACAACAGCACCAACAACAACACCAACAACAUUACCAACAACAACACCAACAACAACACCAACAACAACAGCACCAACAACAGUAACAACAGCACCAACAACAGCACCAACAACAGCACCAACAACAACAGCACCAACAACAGCACCAACAACAACAGCACCAACAAC